AUGCUACCCGAAUUCUUGCAGAGUAGCUAUGCACGCUACAAAGCAGAUACCAAUACCUUUGCAACUUGGCUACUCGAGACAGCCAACCAAUGCGGCUAUCAACCAACUGGCCUCGCUGCUGCCAUUCCUACGGCGAAAAAGGGUAAACACAAAGGCAAACACCAUGGCUUGAAUGCAGAUCCACUUCAAUAUAGUGCGAAUAUCCAAGAUCUGCAAAAGCUCGCCGAGGUGAUUGCUAAUUCUGCUCUCACGGUGCCAACCUCGGUUCUCACCAUCGCCAAACGCGCCAUUAAAUUGAGAAAGGCGGUCACAUCCUGGUUCUUGGGCCAGGGCGGCUCAGAGAAAAACAAACGCCAUGCCCAUUUCAUCACUGUGCUGGAGCAAAUUUGCGAUAAUCUAGAAUGGAAGACCGACCUGCCCUCCAAGCCAGACGCCAAGCAACCACCACCGACUUCAGAGGCUCAAGGUGACGAUGCCAAUGGCGACAGAAUUCUGAACAGAUUUGCUGUUCUCACGGUGGAGGAACCCCAGGAGACUACGGAAACCCAACCGGCACCCGCCGAAUCGAAGAAGAUAGUCAAAGUGAAUGUUAUUGUCGAGGAGGGAAAUGAGCCAUCAGACGCAUAUCUUGGUCCUUUGUUCUUCAAGACUCUCUGCCUGUUUCAAGACUUGAACAACAUUCGAAAAUUCAUUUCCAUCACCUGGUCAGAGUAUCGAGAUAAGAAAAUCGACCUUAUGAACGCCGCUGUCGUGACUGACAGUGCUUUGCAACUUGCUCGAGAUCUUGCACAGGAGGUGGAAGCUGACUGGCGCACUUCCCCUCUUGGGACAGGGGAUGAUGUCCAAACUCUUGUCUUCAACCACGCGAUUCUUACCCGCGGCAUUCCUGGGACUCCAUCCACUGAGAUUGGCCUGCCAUACAACAAGAACAUGGCUGAUAUCGCCGAGUGGUGCUAUGUGCCAACCAAGAUCCUGCUUGAGUCCUUCGCAAAUGUUCUCCAGGUCGAUCAUCUGCCAGUCUUUAAAAAGGGAUACUUUGGCUCCUACGAUCCGAAAGCGAACAGAGAGCGAAUGUCUGUGGGUCAGAAAUUCAACGAAGACAAAAUCAUCCUUCUUUCGAUUUUGCCAGAGUUUUGCAUGGUCGACACAUUCAAAAUCCAGAUGCCAACUACGGAUGCGAUCACUCGAGGCCUUGCUGAGUUUGCGAAGACCAAAAACGUUACUACGGGGCUUUGCUUCGCCUCCCAGAUCUUCCUUGACGUCCAUCAUAUCAUGCGACACAGUACCUUGGAUGCAUUCGGAGACCUUCGAAUGUCUGGACUUCGUAUCCAGAAGACUAUCGAUGAUUAUCUUCAGCUAUCCAAAACACACCCUCAGCCCAAAUUUUGGCCAAAGGAGGGCGACGAAGAAAUCCGAAGUAUAGGAUCAACGGUGAAGUCAUGGAUCAUGCAAGAUUUGUUCCAAGAUAUCCGAGUCAGUUCUAAGAUCCGCGUCCCUGGACCCGUACCCGAAAAGCACGUACUGUUCUCGCAGCAUUCUAUCCUCUGUGGCUUAAUCCUGUUCAGCCUCAAUAUGAGAAUGCAGUCUAUCAGCCAGCAGCUCGUCACUCAAUGGUACGAUGUCCAGCAACUGGCCUUUUUGCACAACCUCAUCAUGAAUUCUUCAGCGCCCCAAGACGUGAGAUGGCCUGACAUGGAUGCAUUCCUCAAAAUCCAUGGCGAGUCUCAUAUUUUUGUUGGCUCGCGGCCAAAAAACGCCCAAGAAUCGCUGAACCGGCUUCAGUUGGCCUCGGGCACCUCGUCCGUUGCCAAUUUCGCCCGCGACUCUCGGGGCGAAAGAUUUCAUAAGCCUGAUGGCAAGAAUCCCCGCUUGGUCACAUCCACCACAGCAGUCGCGAACUUGUUCUUCGCCCAGUACGUGGGUGGUCCUGAGAAAGAUGCCGGGAUUGUACACAUUGACAGAAUCCUGGACGAGCUUUCACAGAAAUCAACCCGUGAAUCAUCCAGCAAGGAGCAUGAAAAAUCCAAUCCGGAACUCAUCAUUACCCGAAAGUGGGCUAAUACCCACAACAUCGACACCCUGCAGCUUCUAGGCUUCCUGAAAACCAAGUUAUUCGAAGAAGAGCCAUUAAUCCUAUACAAUUACUUCGGCAUGCACAAACGCUCCGUCGAGUUGCUCAGACUUAUCCGAGACAAAGAGCACACGAAGUUUGUUCAAUAUUUCACGUCAGCGUAUCUGCCUGAUGAUUCCCUCAUAUCAAACAUUGUCCUCCUCAUCCUUCACGUUGCGCAAGGCUCGGCCCAAAGUGCAAGUGAAAUGGGACUUGCAUCUGGCGAAACUAAGAUAGUGAGUCGGAUUGUCAUGAGCGCUGGCGACGUGAUGCGGAAAUACUUGGAGAAGAAUGGAGACGUGGCAUGCAAAGAGUUGAGAGUAUUCUGCAAGAACAAAAAGCCAAUCCAAGACGAUAUCGCUUAUGAAAACGGCAAAUCGGAUAAGAUGGCGUAUUCUUGGCUCAGUGUUGAAGACGUCCUGGGUCCCAAGGGUAUGGCCUCAUUCAUGACUGGGAUCCCGAUAGCUUAG